AUGACGCCGCAACCCGACGUUGAGCGCAGCAGCCUCAAGAUGAAGGAGGAGUCGCUCGCGCCGGGGAGCUCAUUCAGCAUGCGCGAACCCGACUACGAUGACGAUGCGCCGCCGCGGUACUGGGACCGCUUCGUCGAUGGCUUCAAGCGCGACCGCAGUUCCUCCUUCUUUACGGCCGACCCGUUGAGUCAGCUCGAGGGUGGCGCUGGCGGGAGGGUUCACGAUGGCGUCCACUACUACGAUAUACAGUCUGCCAUGCUGGAGACAGCCAACUCGGGCCUUGCGCGCAAACUCAAGGGCAGGCAUUUGCAGAUGAUUGCUAUUGGAGGGUCCAUUGGUACUGGCCUCUUUGUCGCUUCUGGAAAAGCUCUAGCAGCUGGCGGUCCUGCAUCGCUGUUGCUAGCAUUUUCAAUAGUUGGCACCAUGCUAUUCUGUACAUGCCAGGCUUUGGGAGAACUCGCCGUCAUCUUCCCAAUUGCUGGUUCUUUUUCAGCCUGGGCAACUCGAUUCCUUGAUCCUUCAUGGGGAUUCGCCAUGGGCUGGAACUAUGCCAUGCAGUGGCUGAUCGUGCUGCCGCUAGAAAUCAUCGCCGCCUCCCUCACCCUCUCAUACUGGGAUGAAAGCUUAACUCGCGCCAUUUUCGUCUCAGUAUUUCUUAUCGUCAUCAUUUUCAUCAACAUGUUUGGCGUCAAGGGCUACGGUGAGGCUGAGUUUAUCUUUUCCAUCAUCAAAGUCAUCGCUGUCAUUGGCUUCAUCCUGCUCGGAAUCAUUCUCAACUGCGGCGGCACACCAGAUAGCGGUUACAUCGGCGGCAGGUACUGGCAGAACCCUGGCGCCUUUAAUAAUGGUUUCAAAGGCAUGUGUAGUGUCUUUGUUACGGCGGCUUUUGCCUUUGCUGGGACUGAGCUUAUUGGUCUCGCUGCCGCCGAGACUGCUAACCCGCGCAAGUCUUUGCCAACCGCCCUCAAGCAGGUGUUUUGGAGAAUCACGCUCUUCUAUAUCGUCGCCUUGACAUUGGUCGGGCUCCUGGUUCGAUACGAUGACCCUCGCCUGGUCGGUGGUGAAAGCGAUGCAGACGCAAAGGCCUCCCCUUUUGUUAUCGCCAUUGAGGAAGCGGGUAUCCAGGUCCUGCCCUCGAUCAUGAACGCCGUCAUCAUGAUUGCCGUACUAUCAGUUGGAAACUCGGCCGUCUUUGGUUCCUCACGUACACUCGCCGCCCUCGCGAACCUCAACCAAGCGCCCAAGAUUCUCGGUUACGUCGACCGCAAGGGCCGACCACUCGUCGCUAUAGCCAUCGCCGCAGCUUUUGGCCUCAUCGCCUUUCUCGCCGAUCUCCCUGAGCAGGGUGCUGUCCUCGACUGGCUCAUGUCCAUCUCAGGACUCUCCACCAUCAUCACCUGGGGCUCUAUCUGCGUCUGUCACAUCCGCUUCCGCCGCGCCUGGGCAGCCCGUGGGCGCUCUGUCUCGGAGCUCCCCUUUCAGUCUCAGGUUGGUGUUGCCGGCUCCUACUUGGGCAUCAUUCUCAACGUCCUCGUGAUUGUCGCCCAGUUCUGGGUCGGCGCCUUUCCUAUCGGCUGGAAGGAGGAUUCGAGCGCUGAGAUCGCCAGCAACUUCUUUCACAAGUGGGUGGGCGCACCCUGCGUUCUCAUCUUCUUCAUCGGCCACAAGCUGUACUAUCGCACCACCUUUGUCACCAUCCAGGACAUGGACGUCGACACGGGUCGUCGCGACUUCAACGUUCCCAUCUUGGUCGCUCAAGAACGCGAGGAACGUGCGAGCUGGCCGGCAUGGAAGAAGUACUACAAGUUUUUGUGCUAG